AUGUUGAUAGAUCCAAAUAAUUUUAAGUCUCAUAUAUCUGUUGAAACUUUGAGUUCUGAAUUAGCUAAUGUAUUGUCGAAUUAUUUAAUUUUACAAGGAAACUCUACACAACAUUGUAUUCAUCAAAGUAAAUUAAAAAAUAUUCUCUCAUUACCUACUGAAAAUGAGACGAAAUGCAGUAUUUCUUCUCACACAUGUCGGCGGAUAGCACGUCCUGUUCAAAUUAAGCAAACUUCACUUUUUCAACAACAGAAAAUAAUUGAAAAACAUUUUAAAGCAAAAAUUAAAACAGUUCACAUUCAACAAUGUAAAUUGUUCGAAUUAAAUAAAUCUUUACGUGUUGAUCCGUUGAGCGAUAAUUUCAAUGAUCAGUUAAAUUGUCUACCUCUGAAACGAUCACAAUCGGUCGCUUUGGUGACUUUGACUAGAAACGGAUAUAUCAAAAGUACACCAAGCGUUAACAUAAGCGCAAAAAAAUCCAAUAAAAACGUUAGCAAAUCAAAGAAGAACAGAAGAUCAUCGGAAGAUAAGGCCAGGAAAACAACGAAAAAGAAGAAGAAAAAAGGGGGAGAAGGCGAGAAAAUCAAGCAACUAAAAGAGAAACAUCAUGCAUUAGUUGAGGAAAAUUCUCCUUUUCGAACAAUUGAUGAGAUAAAGGAUGUGAACACUAUUCCAUUGCUAACAACGGAAAAACCCGAUUUAAUAUCGGCAAAUAGUGAUCAUCGGCUUGUUGAGGAAUCAAUUAAAGAACUAAAACAGGUGAAUGCAAAAGAAAGAAAGAAAAUUUAUGAACUUGUUGAAAAACAAAACUCAAUCGAUAAUUAUGAAAAGAAAAUAAUAGGACCAUUAUCUCAGACUCCUCAAACAGAAUUCCCCGCUUAUAUCCUAGAACAAAAACCCCAUAGAAAGUCUUUGACUAUGAAAACAGAUCAAUAUCAUUAUAAAAAUAAAUAUUCUUCGAUUGCAUUUGAUAAUAAUUCGAUUGUGACUGGUGACGAUGGUGAUCAACAUAGAAAUCUUUCUGUCAGUUCUCAAUGUUUAAAUCAAAUUCAAACAGUUUAUAGACAAAAACCGAAAUUUAGAUUCGAUUAUGUUAGUAUAAAUAAUUUUCCAAAUAAAUUAAAUGUAAAAGAAAUAUUUGUUGCUAAUGAAGGAAAAAAUAAAAAAUUGAAAUUAAAACGAGACAAUAUUAUUUAUUGUCCAAAAACUUCACAAUCAAAAUUUCGAAAAUGUUGUGGUAUUAAUCAUGAUCUAUUAAUGGAUGCAUGGAAGAUUCUUGAAGGUUUUUUUACAAUUAAACGUCAUGUACCAUCUGAUGUCAUUAAUGUUUCAUCAAUUCAACGAACAUUAGAUGAUCAAAAAUUUCCAAUAACAAAAGAAAAUAUUCGUAAAAGAUACGUUAAACAGUACAAAAAUAAAUAUUUUAAAUCAUUCGGUUUAGAAAGUUUAAAAGGACAAUUAUUUGAUACGAUCAAUGAUUUAGCAGAUUAUAAACGAAUGAUUGAUACACAUAUUGAAUGA